AUGUCAGUGCACAGCCGAGAGCGAAUCACAGGGGUUCCCUUUAAGCACUUCGAUUUUUCAAAGAGUGAAGUAACUUCGGUGGUCUCAGAGUUGGAAUCAGAUCUGGACAUGGAGGAGACAGAGUCUAUUGAGUUCCUUCCUCCUGGAGUUAACAUUCAGAAGGCACAUCCGAUCUACAAACACUGUGUCAUACCAUCUUCUGGUGACUUUGACACCCAAAUGGAGAUCAAUAGACUGCUGUACAAGGAGGAACUUAAGGAGUGUGGGGCCAUAGUUGAGGUGGAAGAUCAGGCAUGUUCCAACGGAAUGAGAGAACAAGAUCAAAAGUUGUCGAACGAGUAUAUCCCAGCUUUGACUAGAAUGUACAACUCCCCGGCCAGCUCUGUUCUGUCGGAGAUCUGUCACCUCACACCAGGACUUGACGCAAACUGGGAGGAAGAUGAUCGUGCAAAGCUGCAGCCGUGUGAGGAGUGGCUACGGUGUGUUAACUCAGAGCCCUUGAAGCCAGUCCUUGGUGACUCUCCAGUUUUCCUCCCUGCCCAAGUGCCAAAGAAAGAGGAGCCAGUCAUACAAAUUCCGGAGCUGAUGAAUGUGGACACGGAUGACAGCAUGGAUAGUGAGAGUGUGGCAGCAUCUGUUGACGAAAUGAGGAAGCGGUUGCAUUCCAGCCGUGGGGCGGUCGUGGUUCAGCUACAGCGUCCAACUGAGAUGUCUUUGUCGACAGCGGCUAGCAUUGAGUUAUCGAGAAGAGGUUUGAAGCCUGAUAGAUUUAUUCAGCAAAUAAAAAAGAAGGGCAAGAAAAAGCAUACUGCAGUGGACCAGCCGAUCAUCCUGGACAUCUACAAGAGCAAGGAAACUCUCCACAGGACGCACCGAAGGAAGCAAAACAUAAGCUCCAGUUCCAGGAUCUCACUACCCCGUUUUUCGAAGGUAAUGCGAGUGGGGCACCUGGUCAAGGCCCCAGUGAAGCUGAGCAACAUUGCGUUCUGUUUCUCCUCCCUAUAUGCAGAGAUAGGCAUUUCAAGCCUACACCUGGAACAUGAGCAUCAGAAGCAACAGGGAGGGCGACAUCGAUCAUCCAUAUCAGACUGGAUCGACUCAGAGUUACAGAGGAGGGAAGCGCAGAAACUGGCGAGGAUAAAGCGUGAGGCUAUGAAUGAAGAGCGGCGCCGGCUGCAGGAGCUGGAACGGACCGAGCGACAGCGCAGACUGGCGCGACAUGAGAUCUGCAACCAUCCACAAGCUGUUCUCCAAGUCAGCGACGUUCAGGCCCGCCAACCCAGCCACCCCAUAGUCCGGAGCAGGCCCCCCCAGCGUCCUCCCAGCCGCCCACCAGGGAAGCCAUUCUACCCGAAGCUGCUUCUGCUCCCCCCUCCAGCCCAGACCACGGCGCCACUGACCGGAGCGAUGACUAUCAAACCAGCGGCAAUGCCAACCAGCACCCCCAGACCCACCCUGCCCGAUGACCCUCGGCAGCGCAUGUUUGUCAUCGUGAGAGAGACCUACGCCCCACCAAAGAUCCCUGUCCCAACACCCCUGGAGGAGCGGCUGCUGAAGGAACGAUUUCCAAACUACAAGAUUCCUUUUGUGAAGCACAGCCCCAGGCUGGUCGAGAGGAAGGUCUACACCCCAUUCCUGGAUUCCAUCUGUAUCCCUGACAAAUGAUGAACUGACCUGAGGAAGCUUCCUUCCAGCUUGAGAGAAAUUCAGUUUCGGAAAAUCAACCAGUGAAUGUUACAUCUAUUAAACAG